AGCCCAUUCAAGAUGCCUGGAUCAUCUCAGACCAGUUGCCUGGGACCAUGGCCCAAGGACGUGGGCAUCAUCUCCAUGGAGCUGUACUUCCCGUCCCAGUACGUGGACCAGACGGAGCUGGAGCAGCACGACGGCGUGGCAGCCGGCAAAUACACCAUCGGCCUGGGCCAAGCUCGCAUGGGCUUCUGCUCGGACUGCGAGGACAUCAACUCCUUGUGUCUGACGGUGGUCCAGAGGCUGAUGGAGAGGAACGGCCUGUCCUACGACAGCGUGGGUCGGCUGGAGGUCGGCACAGAGACCAUCAUCGACAAGUCCAAGUCCGUGAAGACGGCCCUCAUGCAGCUGUUCGAGGACUCGGGCAACACCGACGUGGAGGGCAUCGACACCACCAACGCCUGCUACGGCGGCACGGCGGCGCUCUUCAACGCCGUCAACUGGGUGGAGUCCAGCUCAUGGGACGGCCGUUAUGCUUUGGUGGUAGCAGGGGACAUCGCAGUCUACGCAACAGGAAGUGCACGGCCCACAGGUGGCGCUGGUGCAGUGGCCAUGCUGGUGGGACCGGACGCACCUCUGGCCUGUGAACGAGGUCUGCGAGGAACUCACAUGCAGCACGCGUAUGACUUCUACAAGCCGGACCUGAUGUCGGAGUACCCUGUGGUGGACGGCAAGCUGUCCAUCGAGUGCUACCUGGGGGCCUUGGACCGCUGCUACUCAGUGUAUCGCAACAAGGUCCACGCCCAGUGGCAGCGAGAGGGCUUGGAGAAGCGCUUCAGCCUGGAGGACUUUGGUUUUCUGGUCUUUCACUCCCCGUACUGCAAGCUGGUGCAGAAGUCGUUGGCCAGACUGAUGCUGAACGACUUCCUGAGCCACCCGAGCCCCAACACCGAGACGGGAGCCUUCACCGGCCUCGACGCCUUCAGAGAUGUUCGACCAGAAGAAACCUACUUCGACCGGGAUGUGGAGAAGGCGUUCAUGAAGGCCAGUGCCGAUCUGUUUGAGAGGAAGACCAAGGCCUCUCUGCUGGUCUCCAACCAGAACGGGAACAUGUACACGCCCUCCGUCUACGGCUGCCUGGCCUCUGUCCUUGCACAACACACAGCGUCGCAGAUCGCAGGACAGAGGGUCGGACUUUUCUCCUACGGUUCAGGAUUUGCUGCGACUCUGUAUUCUCUCCGCGUCACACAGGACCACACCCCCGGAUCGACUUUGGACAAACUGGUGUCGAGCCUGAGCGACCUGAAGGUCCGACUGGACUCCAGGAGGAAGGUCUCACCUGCCGUCUUCUCUGAGAACAUGAAGCUGAGGGAGGAGACGCACCACUUGGCCAGCUACGUCCCCCGAGGCUCGGUGGACGACCUGUUCCCGGGGACGUGGUACCUGACGCGAGUGGACGACAAACACCGCAGGGAAUACGCCCGCACGCCUCUGGACCGAGACCUGCCG